AACAUCGGUUGGCCAACUCAACCGCUCUGUACUCUCUUACCCACCCGUCUUUCGAGCCAACCCUCUUGAAUACUGCGAACUCGAUUGCGACCCCCUGCUCCAGCCUCUCGACGUACUCCAGGACUGAAGAUGCAAGCUAAUCUAUGGCGUCUCUCUCGCUCGGCAAGACCCGCUUGUCAAACGUGCCGCAUCUCGGUAGCUCCAUCCAGAAGACAUUUAUCCACCAAGGACCAUGCCUCCGUUUUUGCGAACGCCAGAUUUGUCGCCGCCGCGGGCUCUAUCUCGAACAUCCCGAAACUAGAGGGCAGACCUGAAGUCAUCGUAACAGGUCGCGCUAAUAGCGGCAAGUCGUCACUGUUCAACGCUGUCGUUGGGCGGAAGGACCUGUUACAUACAAGCUCCAAGCCGGGUCGUACGAAGGAGCUCAACUUCUACAGCGUUGGUGCUGACCCUGGUCAUCUGGUCCUCGUUGACGCGCCGGGGUACGGCGCGCGGGGCAGGCCAGAAUGGGGCGAGCUCUUCGACCACUAUAUCUCCACUCGAAAACAACUGCGCCGCAUCUACAUCCUCUUCAACGCCAAGCAUGACCUCAACGAUUACGACCUGGGCAUGCUCGCGAAUCUCUCGGACAAGCUGAUCAACGCGGAGGGGAGGCAGCCGUUUACGCUCCAAGCGAUUAUUACGAAGGUGGACAGCAUCCCGAGCGGGAAGGAAGGCGAGACUAUACGCAAGUUACGACAGGACAUCUUCAAGGCGGCCCCACUCUGCAUGCCGCCGCUGCUCACGAGUGUGACGAUGCACCCGCCUUUUGGGGUGGGCACUGUUCGGUCGAAUAUCAUAGACGCGUGUAGUGUGUAGCGAGGGUCGGUCGUACGUAUUGUGCUCUAAACAGCGUGGGCGGCGGCGUAGUCUCGACUACACCGGUUCUGUCCUUUGCAUAGUCUCGUGUCGCUGCUA